CAAAUCUAUUACAUUUAUUGAGUAAUGAACCAAGCAGCAGCCCAUGCAUUCGGGCAUAUCAGACACAGAGAAAGAUUUUUUCCUGGAGAAAAAGUUCUUGCAAAGUAUGGUCAUGGACAUACUUUCUUUAUCGCUAUCGUGUUGGAAGUUAUGGGAGAAGGAAGUUAUAAAGUCAGAAUAGUUGAAAGUGAUACGGUCAUAAUUGUAAAUACCGACUUUGAUGAGAUUAAAAAGUGGGAGACAAACAGACCGACUGAUAACAUGAACAGUAUUGGAGAAUUUGGAUGGGGCAAGACUUCUCCAGAAAGCUUUUACAGCAGCAGAAGCUACAAACCAACCACUCCAGAAAGAAAGACAUGGAAAUCAUACUCUCCAAGAUGGACCAACAUACAUAGCUUUCCUAAAUAUCAAUCCCCUAAAAAGAAAUCUCUUCUUGAAAUUCCCAACUUCAGAGAUAAAAAGCAGAAUAGUCCGAUGACCGAUAUCAUGGAGAACUUAAAAAACCUGAUACAAUCACCAGUAAUGGGUUUCCAAAAGUCACCAGCAGUCGACUUCAGCCGGACCCCUGGUAGUCGCCGGGCAUUCAUGCCUAGUUUGUCUAAUGCAUCGCUGUCUCGUCACCAUUCGCCUGUGAAGAAACAAAUGGCAUCAUUCUCUCUUACCCCGAUUAAAGCAAAACUGAACCCAAUGCAGUUGGGAAACUCUCGUGACCAUCAUGACGUAUAUAAUCCUCCUGAGGGAACUGAUGUUAGCUACGGACAGCCAAAAGAGAAGCUGAAGCCAUUUUGCGCCCCUCCUCGUCCCCCUCUUAAGUGGACCGGGGAGCUCCCUCCCAAGGAUGCCAAUGAUAACAAAUACUCAAGAAAGGUUUUCUUGGGUGGCGUCCCCUGGGAUAUCAAAGAUGAGAACCUUAAAGAAACUUUCGAGGUAUUUGGAAGUCUGGCGGUAGAGUGGCCACCCAACAAAAAUGGCCAAAAACCUAAAGGAUAUGUUUACAUAGUCUUUGAUGAUGCCACCUCCGUUACCAACCUGCUAGAGUUUUGUCGAUCUUACUCAGCAAGAGUAUUCCGUGAUGUCUCAGACGGUACCAUGUACAAAUACCAUGUGCGAUCAGAGAAAAUGCAUAGCAAGGAAAUACAAGUCAUACCAUGGAAUUUGAAUGAUGAUACCAAAGUCAUUGGUACUAAAGACAAGGUCAACAUGCACCAUCAAGUGUUUGUCGGAGGACUUCAUGGGAUGCUUACAGCGACCGGCCUUUCCAAGGUCAUGAACGACUUGUUUGGCAAUGUAGCCUAUGUUGAAAUAGACACCGACAAGUAUAAAUAUCCUCUGGGUUCUGGCAGGGUGAAUUUCUCGAGCUUGGAGAGCUAUCAGAGAGCCAUCCAAGAAAAGUAUGUCCAAGUUCAGUGUAUCUCCCCUAAGGUCGAUAAAAGGAUUCAAAUAGACCCUUAUAUUCGAGAGAACGAAAAUUGCUCCAAGUGCCAAUAUCCUGGUCCGAUUUACUGCCGUAAGUGCCUUGACUACUUUUGCGAAGACUGUUGGGAUUGGCACAUGCGAAACUCCUCUACAAAGCACGAAAGGGUGUGUCGUACUCGAAACGGAAAAAUUGUGUAACUCUGUGACUAAAACUAUCUAAUAUAUUAAUCUCAUUCGAAUUUUCGCGAUGUUUGGCAAAAAUGUAAUUAAAUCUAAGCUAAUUUAUGUCAAUUAAGAAUUAAUCCGUUCUGAAUUGAAAAAUGGCAUUGUUUGUUGUAAAAAUUACCUUAUUUUAAGUCUUUAAGUGUACCUUACAAAAUCGGACCCCCAAAUUUGUCCCUCCAUUUUAUCAUCCACUGCACUGCACUGCACUGCACUGCACUGCACCAACUGCACUGCACCAACUGCACUGCACCAACUGCACUGCACCAACUGCACUGCACCAACUGCACUGCACCAACUGCACUGCACCAACUGCACUGCACCAACUGCACUGCACCAACUGCACUGCACCAACUGCACUGCACCAACUGCACUGCACCAACUGCACUGCACCAACUGCACUGCACCAACUGCACUGCACCUGCACCAACUGUACUGCACUGUACUGUACUGCACUGUACUGUACUGCACUGCACUGCACUGUACUGCACUGUACUGCACUGCACUGCACUGCACUGCACUGCACUUCACUGCACUGCACUGCACCGACUGCACUGCACUGCACCAACUGCUCUGCACCAACUGCACUGCACUGUACCGACUGCACUGCACUGCACUGCAAUGCACUGCACCAACUGCUCUGCACCAACUGCACUGCACUGUACCGACUGCACUGCACUGCACUGCAAUGCACUGCACCGACUGCACUGCACUGCACUGCACUGCACUGCACUGCACUGCAUUGCACUGCACUGCACUGCACUUCACUGCACUGCACUGCACCGACUGCACUGUACUGCACUGCACUGCACUGCAUAUUAUGUACUAAGCAAUUCAAGUAUUUCUCAGCAUUCACUGCACUGCAGUACACUUAGCGAUAUAUCUGUAACCUAAAAUCUUAAUUCUUAGUGCGUAAAUGGAAUUCAUCGCCAUUAAAGUAGUACCUUUUAAAAAACCUGAAUGAGUAUUGAGUAAAUAUUAUAAUUAUUAUUAUCAUAGAAAUAGCUUUUUUCCCUUGACAGUUUAGUGCACAGUAUUGCGAAUAUAUAUUUACUAUAUCAUAUUGGGCAUUUUUUAAAUAAGUAAACAUUAGUUUAAUGCAACAUUUUUAGCCUUUUAGUGUUCGUUUGACAACUCGUUUAAUUCGUUUAGAUGAUCUUAUCUUUUUGUUACUAAGUAGUAUUAUAUCGCUUAAGAUGAAUAAUAUAUAGAUUUUUUACUCUAAUUCUAGGUAUUACUAUAAGGCGAUGAGUCAAAUGUAUAGUUGUUUUCAUUAUUAUUUAAUUUUCUAUUCGAAGAAACUGCAUGAGUGAACAAACGUAAACAUAGCUUGUUUUGUUAAUUGUAAGCAG